CGCCUCUCCGGGCCGCUCUACCGCAGCCGAGUUGCUGCGCAUAUAUACUCAAAAGGAGUGCAGCCCAGUCGAGCUGUAUCAAAUCGACUUCAGCCGGUUCUGGGGUCUUAUAGGCGGCAGUUGAGCUCAAAAGCGUUCACAGGCUGUAGUCGCCACCUCUCGACCACCGUUAAUACAGGGCAAACUCCAUCAAAAGACAACAUGUCUUGCGUCUCACUCAUCCUGACACCGGACGUGCUUCUGAGCGUUCGGGAGUUCUGGUUCGAGCACCUGGCAGGUCCAGAUGGCCUCGUCAUGCCCAGCACAGAGGAGAACAAGAGAUGGUUCUUUGGCGGAUCAGAGUUUGACAAGCUAUGCGUUGAGCGCUUCGCUCCUACUCUAGAAGCCAUCCGCAAGGAGGGCAUCAAAUCAGGCCACGACAUCAUCUACGCCCUGCAACCCAGAGACGCCCACGACUGGCUCAGCCUGGUGCUUCUACUAGACCAGAUCCCGCGCAACUGCUACCGUGGCGAGAGCUCGGCCGUCGUCUUCAACUAUUACGACAGCAUGGCCCGCGACAUCGCGCUGGAGGCGAUUCAGCGCGGCAUCCCCGACGAAUGGCCCGAGAUUCGCUGGCGGUUCGCCUGCCGCGGCUGGUUCUACGUGCCGCUGAUGCACUCGGAGGACGUCGAUCUGCACGAGCUGGCGGUGCAAAAGUAUCAGGCGUUUGCCCGCGACGUCGAGAGCCUGCUGCUACCCGACGCCAACUCCAAUAUCAACGGCGACGAGUCCGAUGUCGCUCACGAGUACCGGAUCACGGCGCAGCGAGUGAUGCAGGCGAACCCCAAGGUGGCCAAGGAGUAUGGCCAGCUGAACUUGAACUUUGAGAAGAGGCACUGGGCCAUCAUCAAGCGGUUUGGACGGUACCCGCACCGGAAUCUGGUCCUGGGGCGGGAGACGACGGACGAAGAGCGCGAGUAUCUGGAGAAUGGGGGAGACACGUUUGGAGGGUGAUUGAAGAUUUGAUGCUGCAUGAUGAUGAUCACAUGAUAUCGUGUAUACUUGUACAUACCUACCUACUCCGUACUCGUACAAUGUCUUGGACAGAAUCUCAACUAUACGCA